AAUUAUUGUUUAUUAUUUGUUGCAUCGUGAUUUUUCUAAAAAGAAUAUUCUUUCUAAAUAUGCACAAAUGGGCUGAUUUUGAAAAGUUCACAAAAAAAAAGAAUCUCCGAUUCAUAAGAUCAAAAGAUCAAAAGAUCAAAAGUUUCGAUACUUUAAUUAUCCAAACAAACAAAUAAACAACUAUGGCUGAUGAUUCAGUUGAUACCUCAUUAUUAAAUAAUGGUAUAAUAUUUUGUCAAAAUCCUGUUGAUGGUGAAUUGGAUUAUUAUUGGGAUAAUGAAGCGGAAAUUUGUUGCCCUUCUUUAAUGCCUGAUAAUAAUGUCAUAAUUGAACAAUUUUCUGGUGAUUCGAUGGAUCUCGAAGAAAAAUGUUUUCAAAAUAUGGCCAAUUUAUUGAACAAAAGAGAUCAUGAUAAUGUUGCUCGAAAUGAACUUUUAUCAUAUAAAGAAAGUGACAAAAAAUUCUCAUUUGAAAAAAAUGAUGUUGAUAUGGAUGAUGUAGCUUUGGAUGAUCUAAUUAAAAAAAUGACUGAUACAUUAAAUGAUAAUAAUCAGGAAUUGAAAGAAAGAGAAGAACCUAAGGAACCUGAGGAACCUGAGGAACCCGAGGAACCUGAAGAACCUGCUGAAGAACCUGAAGACCCACCUUCACCAACUUCACCACGUGAUCCAGAAAGAGAUGGUCCAGUAUUAAGUGAAGAGGAAGAGGAUACAGAAGAAGGUGGAAUUCACAGACUUGAACAUGAUCCAGUAUUUCAAGAUGAGGCAGGUUUAAUGUACGGAGAUGAUUCGAGAGGCGAAAUUUGGCCUGAUGAUGAAGGGAUGGAUCCAAUGGAAAAUCAGUAAUAUUUUCAUGAGGAAGACCUCCAAAUCCAAUGAAGUAAUAUUAUAAUAUUAAAAUCAGUAAUAUAAUAUGAGUAUAUUUUAUUUUAUUGUAAUUAAUUUUGUAUUUUAAUUUUGCCCUUUUUUUCUUUGUACAUAUGUUUUUUUU